UCUCCCAUUUCUCCUUCAGUCGGUACCACUCCAAACAUUUUCCACAAAAACACUUUCUCAAAAAGAACAACAAUCCAUUUUUCUUUCCCCAACAUGGCCAGACCACAACAGCGUUACCGAGGUGUCCGACAAAGGCAUUGGGGCUCUUGGGUCUCCGAAAUUCGCCACCCCAUAUUGAAGACAAGGAUAUGGCUUGGUACAUUUGAAACAGCUGAGGAUGCAGCCAGAGCCUAUGAUGAAGCAGCGAGGCUAAUGUGUGGUGCCAGGGCAAGGACAAACUUCCCUUUCAACCCCAAUGUGUCUCACACAUCAUCUUCUAGUUCAAAGCUUCUCUCGGCAACUUUGACUGCAAAACUUCACAGGUGCUACAUGGCUUCUUUGCAAAUGACAAGACAGGCUUUGGCAUCAUCAGGGUCUGAGAGAAAACCUUCAGUGCCAAAUGCCACUCCCGCAUCCCAACCAAAGAGUCUGACUGUGAAGAGUGAGCAAACUCAUCAAGUGUUGCCACACAAGAGAGAAGAGGAGGAUCAAGACUCAGAGGCCAACAGGGAUGUUAAAAUGGCCAGAAAUGUUGAAAGUCUUCCUCUGCAGUUUAAGCCUCUUGAGGAAGAUCACAUAGAGCAAAUGAUUGAGGAGCUUCUUGAUUAUGGCUCUGUUGAGCUCUCUUCUGUCUUUUCACCCCAGGCCCUUUAAUGGAAUGUGCAUCAUUUUGAAUUGAAGCUAGAGUCACAAUUGUAGUUGCCUUGUCAUUAACAACAACGUUCUGGGUAUGUGUGACUCAAAUUGCAGCUGUAGUAGUUGUGAUGAACUCAAAGAGUGUCCACAAUUGCAAUUUUAAAUCAAGCGCAAUUUAGAUCAAAUUCUUUAAGUGUUGUUCUUUAAUCAAAACUAGAGUUUUACCUCGU